AUGACUACGGCGGACACCCUUCGCUCCGAGGGCAACGCGCUCUUCAAGUCCGGUCGCUACUCGGAGGCGGAGGAGCGCUACGCCGCGGCCAUCGCCGCGCUCGCUGGCGCGCCCGAGAGCGAGGAGGCGCGCAAGUGCCGGCUCAACAGGUGCGCGUGCCUGCUGCGGUUGCAUGGCUACGAGGCGGCUCGGCGUGAGGCGGAGACGGUGAUCGAGCAGAGCGGCGGCACCGCCGCAAAGGCGCACUUCCGGCUGGGGCAGUGCCUCGACGCGCUGCACGAGCCGCAGGCUGCGGCGGCCGCGCUGACGCAAGCCAUCAAGCUCGACCCCAAGGCGCGCGAGCCGCGCGAGGCGCUCGAGGCUGUGCGCGCACGGCUCAAGGCGCAGCCGCAGCUCGAGCUCGUCCUCGACGACCUCCGCCUCGUCGAGGAGCGGGCGCUGCGGGCGCUCUGCCACUCGGACCUCUCCCGCUCGCGCCAGCAGCUCGAGCUGAUGCUCAAGCAGGCGCGCGCGCAGGCGGGCACGCUCGGGCGGGACGCGGGCCACUGGGAGGGGCGCGCCCUGCUCGGCCUCGCGCUCGUCUGCGUCGACGAGGGCGAGGCUGCCGCCGCCGCCGACUACAUCGCCGCUUGCCGCCGCCGGCUGCCCGCCGAAGACGCCGCGCGGCAGGACGCGAGGCUCGAGGGCGCGCUCGCGCUGGUCUCUGCCGCCGUCGCGCUCGAGACGGAGCAGCUGGUGGAGGCGGAGGAGCAUGUGGCCGCGGGCCUCUCCCUCGCCCGCUCGACCCGCAGCGACGCGCUCCUGCUGCGGCUGCUCGGCACCUCCUCGGCGCCGCCGGGCCGUCUGUGUGGAGGCCUGGCCGUCGCCGCAGCCGGCACAGAGGCUCGGGGCCCGGCCUCUAUAGGCGCUGCUCGCGCGGCACGGGCGGUGGGGAGAGGCGGAGGCGGCGGCGAGGGAGGGCCUUGCCGUGGCGGCCGAGAGCGGCGACAGCCAUGGCCUCGCCGUCUGCCGGCUGGCGCUCGGGGAGUCACUGCGGGGGCAGCGGCGCGUCGCCGCCGCCGGGCGCACUCCAUCUCGUCGAUCAACGGCUUGCGCGGCGCCGCCUGCGACGACGCGCACAACCUCUUCCUCGCCGCGACGCGCCACGGCUCGAGGCCGCGCGCCGAGUGCGUGCGCGGCCUCCGGGCUGCGCUGGCAGAGGACGCAGCACUGCACUCCUCGUCGGCGCACGCGCGGCUCUCCGGCGCGCUCGCGCUCGCUCUACUCGGUGACCCCGCCGCCGGCGUCGGGUCGGCGACACCGCCGGUCGAAGAGAGCGUCGAGACGACGACGGCGGCGCUCGCACUGCCCCCGGGAGGAGGCGGGCGUGGCGCGAGGGAGGAGCCGGUCCCUCCGCUCGGCUCCGCCGCGGCCGCCGCCGAGGCGCAGCGCAGCCUCGAGGCGGGCCUCGGGAUCGCGACCUCGCACUUGGAGCGCGCCGACCUCCUCGGCCUGCUCUGCUUGCGCCACCUGGCGACCCCCGACGGUGGCGCGGCCGCUGUCCGCUUCGCCCGCGAGGCAUGCGAGGCGUCGCACGCGUCCGGUUUCGCCCGGCCGCUCGAGCGAGUCAACCUCGCCGUCGCGCUCCUCGCCGCCGGGGAGGAGGGAGGAGGGCCGGGGGCGGAGGCCGAGGCGACGGCGCUGCUUGAAGCGGUCACCACCGCCCCGGAGCAGGACCCUGCAAGCGCGAGCAGGGCGCACCGCGCGUUGGCGCUUGUGCACGAGGCCGCGGGCCAGCCAGGGUUGGCGGCGGCUUGUCUCGAGAAGGCGGAGGCCGUUGAGACAGCGGGCUGGGAGGCCCGGAAGGCCGCGGCCGCCUCGAUCCCCGGCGCGGGUUAGCGAGAGAGUAGGAUUUUGCGCCGUUGGCGACUCCGACUGCUCUGCCGUCUGCGCGUUACGGCGGCGAGACACGACGAGCGCACCCGGUUUUCUUCCAGGAUUAUUGCUUUCUAGUAUAACAGCCUCAUGUUUCAUA